UUUAGUUAAAUUUACAAUAAAAGAGCUACUAGUGACGUUUAUUUUCAAUAGAAGUCUGACAUUUGUAGCUCCAUUUUGAAGUAAAAUGAAUUUAGAGAAGGAUCUCCAACAGGAGAUGGCGGAGAGCAUGCUGAAUGAUGUCAUAUCCUCCAAUGCCUACGACCGCCUUAUCAAGGACUACAAGAAGCUAUUCAAGGAUAAGAUUGUCCUGGAUGUGGGCUGUCGCAGUGGACUGCUCAGCCUGAUGAGUGUGGAGGUGGGGGCCGUUAAGGUUAUCGCCGUUGGAAACAUGCAGAGUGCCGGACUGGUCAGGAAAACCCUUGCCCAGGGCGACAAGGAGGACAUCUUUGAGGCCGUCAAAGGUGCUAUUCAGGAGAUACGUCUGCCGUGCGGUCUCAAGUACGUGGACAUCAUAGUGUCUGAGUGGCUGGGCCACUCUGUCUUCGUGGACUCCCUCUUCCGGGAGGUGAUCUUUGCCAGGGAGAAAUGGCUGGUCAAAGGUGGCAUCAUCAUACCCAAUAUGGCAAACCUCUAUGUCAGUGGAAUCUCGGAACAUCGUCGCCCGAUCGUUCAAGUGAAUCUCGCCGGUAAGCACUCUAAGGUUUGGGAGAAAGUAUGCCUCUUGGAGGACCACGUGACAAAGGAACAGCUCAUCACCGAUAAGUUCCUAAUCAAAACCGUCGAUCUCUGCACGGCCAGCUUGGAUGAUGAUGCCUUCCGGCUUCCGAUCAAACUUAAGGCCUUGAAGGAUGGCUCCCUCGGAGCAGUGGUCCUCCAUGCGGAGGUGGCCUUUUCCGGAGUCAAGGGCAGAGUGCGGCGUCUGUUCUCUACGAGCCCUGGUCAGCCUCGUACUUAUCUGAGACAAACCAUACUGUUUGUGGACGAUUCCGUCGAGGUUGCCGAGCAUCAGCUGCUCCGUGGUGUUCUGGGCAUAUGUCCCAAUCCCAAAGAGCAUCGCGGCGUGCAGUAUUCGCUUUCUUUUAGAGAAGAGGAGCCUUUCGAUCCGACUGAGGAUCCAGGGGAGGGCCCCAACGUCUAA